AUGGCACAAGAAAUGGGAAUGUUUCGAAGGCCCCCAGAGUUGGAUUUUUCAACAAACGUAUCGUUCAAAUGGGAUUUAUGGAAACAACAAUUUGAACUUUUUCUAAUGGCAAUUUCGAAAGAGGACGAGACAGAAAAAAGGAAAAUAGCGAUCUUUCUCAACGUAGUAGGGGAAGAAGGAGUAAAAAUUUACAAUUCCUAUAAAUUAGGUGAGCAAGCAGACUUAACUCUCGCAAUUGUUUUAAAUAAGUUCGGAGACCAUUGCAAACCGAGAAGAAACGUGAUCUACGAGAGGUACUGUUUCCUGAAAAUAAGACAAAAGGAAGGACAGAGCUUUGAUGCCUACGUAACUGAAUUAAAAAAUGCAGCGAUGAAAUGUGAGUAUGGAAACCAACAAGACUCCAUAAUUAGAGAUCAAAUUAUAUUCAACGUAAGAGAAACACGUCUACAGGAACAACUAAUUAACGAAAAAGAUAUUACGUUAGAGAAAACACUAGAAAAGUGCAGAAGUGCCGAAAUAAGUAAAUUCCAAAUCAACGAGUUUUCCAAGGGAAAUCAGCAUCCUAUGGCAAAUGUGUCAGCGAUCAACAAGAAAAAACAACCAAUGAAGCAGAUGAAAACUGGGAAACCAACUACGAAAAUAAUUAAUAUUGAUGGAAUCACUGCGGAAGAAAACACUUGGUACGAAGAAGUGGAAAUUCAAGGUCAAAAAUUAAAUUGCAAAAUUGAUACUGGUGCUCAAGUAUCAGUACUUCUGUAUAAUGACUUCAAAUCACUGAACACGAAGAAGAAAUUGCAGCCUACAAAUGUCACACUAGUAGCGUAUGGAAAUAAAAACUUCAAAAUUACUCCAGUUGGACAAGUGACACUGAAACUGAAAGUUGGAAAUCAAAUAGCAGAAGUUAAUUUCGUCGUCGUUAACCCUAGUUCUGGUGCUAUUCUUGGGUUACAAGAUUGUCUAAAAUUGCAAUUAAUUUCCAGAUCAACCAAAGUAAAUGAGCCACAGAAGUACAUUCACGAGUUAACAAUGGAAAUGGUUACUGAAAAAUACAAAUCAAUCUUCAAUGGCAUUGGAAAAAUUCCAGGAACACAUCACAUCACUGUAAGCUCAGAAGUCAAGCCAGUAAUUAAUCCACCAAGACUGGUCCCUUUAAGUCUACAUACAAGACUGAAAACAACUUUGGAAAAAUUCAGCAAAGAAGGAAUCGUCAGCAAAGUCAGCAAACCAACGAAAUGGGUGAAUAAUUUGGUAAUCAUCGAGAAACCAAAUGGUGAACUACGCCUGUGCCUUGAUCCAAAAGAUCUGAACACUGCAAUUCAGAGGGAAAUAUAUCAAAUUCAAACACCGGAAACCAUCAUUGCACAACUAAGCAACAAAGAAUAUUUUUCCGUCUUCGACAUGUGUCAAGGGUUUUGGCAAAUUGUUUUGGAUGAAGAAAGCUCCGAGUUAUGCACGUUCAAUACACCUUUUGGUCGAUAUAAAUUCAAUCGUCUUCCAUUUGGUCUAAAAUCCAGUCCAGAGGUAUUCCAAAAGAAAAAUGAAGAAAUGUUUGGAGAUAUCCCAGGAGUACACGUGUACUUUGAUGACAUUAUAAUCUCAGGUGAAGAUGAAAGAGCGCAUGAUCGUAAUUUGCAAUUGUUUUUAAAUAGAGCAGCUCAAAACAAUGUUAAAUUAAAUUCAACCAAAGUUCAAUUUAAAGUAAAAACUAUUCGUUAUUGUGGUCACAUUAUUAGUAAAAAUAGUGUAGCAAUGGAUUCAAAAUUCACUAAAGCAAUUACUGAGCUUCAAAUUCCUAAAGACAAAAAACAUUUGUUAAAAUUUCUUGGUAUGCUUAAGUAUUUAAGUAAAUUCAUACCGAAUAUGUCCCAAAUUUCAGCUCCAUUGCGUGAAUUAACUAAAGAAAAUACACCAUUUCAAUGGGAUAAAAUUCACACAGAAAGUUUCAAUAAACUAAAAGCUAUUAUAGCCAAACCACCAACAUUAGGUAUAUUUACUAGUAAUCAACAACUAAAAAUACAAACUGAUGCCUCAAAAGAUGGAGUAGGUGCAGUUUUAUUGUCCAAUAAUAAUCAGCCCAUAGCAUUUGCAUCUGCAGCUUUAAGUUCUAACAAACAAAAUUGGGCACAAAUUGAAAAGGAAAUGUAUGCUAUUGAAUUUGCUUGUAAAAAAUUUCAUUAUUAUACCUAUGGUAGACAUGUUAUUGUUAAUUCUGAUCACAAACCAUUAGAGUCAAUUUUCAAAAAAGGAAUAAACCAAAUUUCUGCUAGGCUACAACGCAUGCGAUUACAAUUGCUCAAAUACGAAAUAACUGUUGAAUAUUUGCAGGGUUCACAAAUGUUUGUUGCAGAUUAUUUAUCCAGAUCGUUUUUAAAUGAGAUAGAACCUGAUAGUGUAGAUUUUACAGUUCACACACUACAAAAGGAAAUUGUAAUUUCAGAUGGAAAGCAGAACCAAAUUAAAGAAGAAACAAAAAAUGAUCAAGAUCUAAAACAAAUUUUACAUUUUUAUGAACAUGGUUGGCCUAAUAAUGUUAAACAAUAUUCAAAGGUAGUUAAACAUUUUUGGAAAAUUAAACAUGACAUUACAGUUAAUAAUGGUAUUAUAUAUUUUAAUGAACGAAUUGUAGUUCCUCAAUCGUUACAAAGUUAUAUGUUAAAAAUUUUACACGAAACCCAUCUAGGUAUAGAAAAAACCAAAGCUAGAGCUAGAGAAGUAUUGUAUUGGUUAGGCAUGUGUAAAGACAUAUAUGAAUAUAUAUCAGGCUGUGAAAUGUGUGAGAAGUUUAAUAGAAAUCCGCAAAAGGAACCUCUUAUGUCGUAUGAAUGUCCAACGCGACCAUGGUUUCGAAUUUCAGCUGAUAUAGCUUAUUAUGCUGGUAAUGAGUAUCUUGUUGUGAUUGACUCAUAUAGUAAAUGGAUUGAAUUGAAAAAGUUGAAAUAUAAAGAUUCUCAUGAGUUAAUCAAGCAUUUUAAAGAAAUUUUUUCACGACAAGGUAUUCCUGAAGUCCUUAUUGCAGAUAAUAUGCCAUUUAACAGCUUUAAUUUCAGAAAUUUCGCGAAUCAGUGGAAUUUUAAAGUCAUUACUACUAGCCCAAAUUAUCCGCAAUCUAACGGACUAGCUGAGAAAGGUGUAGGAAUAGUAAAAAAUUUGUUUCGAAAAAAUACUGAUAUAGACUUAGCACUGUUAGAGUAUAGGACAACACCAAUUGUAACUUUAGGAUUUUCACCAAGUAAGGAACCUGUAAGUCGACCUCACAGAAAUAGAAAUAUGCCAUCCAAAUACAAAGAUUAUGAAGUGUACAGUGUUCCUUCAACCUUCCAAUAG